AUGUCAAAACGCAACGCACCGCCGUCGCAACCGCCGCCUAGACCGCUGGUAAAGCAGCACUCAUGGUCGCCGGACGCCGAUCGUGAAGAGGCUUGGCGUCGGAAGAAGGGAAAACAGCCAUCGGGCCGACUCGGUCGGAGUAAGAGCGUCACAGACGAAGAUCUGGAAGAGCUCAAGGGCUGCAUCGAGCUGGGAUUCGGGUUCGAGCCAGAUUCGCCGGAUUUAGAUCCGAGACUCUCGGAAACUCUUCCAGCUCUUGGGUUAUACUGCGCCGUCAACAAACAGUAUAGCAGCAGAUUGUCCCGGACGUCGUCUCUGUCGUCGAUCGCAUCGGAAGGUGAAGUGAGCAAUUCGAGCACGACGAUCGUCGAUCAAGGUGAUGAUCCGGAGACGAUGAAGCUAAGGCUGAAGCAAUGGGCUCAGGUGGUUGCUUGUUCGGUGCGACAAUUUUCCGGCGAACCAAAUUGA